UAAUCCUUGAAAGAUUCAUUUUGUGUAACAGGAAAUGAAGAGAAUGAUCAGGUGUUUGCUUCUCAUUUCCUUGUUGAUCCAUUCUUCAGAAUCAAAAGAAGUUCCAGCAGUUAACAAGAAAUGGCUAACUCUAAAUGGUCAGCCGCCUGCUGUAAUUGCUAGAGGUGGGCUUUCAGGGGUUUUCCCAGAAUCCUCUAGCUUAGCACUUAAUAUUGGAAGGGAUUCAAGCUUAAGAGAGAUGGUUAUGCUCUGCAAUUUACAACUAACAAAAGAUGGCCUUGGAUUAUGCCAGGAAAACAUCACCCUUGAAGCUUCAACAAAUAUAGACAUGAUCUACCCAGAUCAAGCCAAAACCUACAAAAUAAAUGGCAAGGAUGUUAAGGGGUGGUUUUCUGUGGAUUUUACAAUGGCCCAGCUAAGUGCCAAUGUAACAGUGAAGCAAAGUAUAUCAAAUCGGCCAAAAUUGUUUGACAAUAAAUUUCCCAUACUUACCGUUGAUGAUAUUUUCCGAGCUCAAAUCCAAUCAUAUUGGUUGAAUGUUCAGAAUUAUAUGUUCUACAAUGAACACAAACUAAAUGUGGCAUCAUAUAUUCAAAAGGAAAGAAUUUUUCGGCUUGUCAAUUAUAUCUCAUCUCCUGAGAUUGGUUUCUUGAAGGCAAUGAAAGGAAAAGCGACCAACCCCAAGACUAAACUCAUUUUCGUUUUCCUUGAAAAAGAUGCAAUUGAACCCUCGACCAGCAAAACAUAUGGUUCAAUAUUGGAAGAUCUUGCCACAGUCAAGACAUUCGCAUCUGGGAUUGCUGUCCCAAAAAAUUACAUAUGGCCUGUAAACAAAGACAACUAUUUGGAGAGCUCCACAACUCUUGUCCUUGAUGCUCAUAAACUGGGUCUUGAAGUACAUGCUACUGGCUUUGCAAAUGACUUGGCUACAGUCUAUAAUUAUACUUAUGACCCUAUAUCUGAGUACUUGCAAUUUAUCAAUAAUCCGCAGUUUUCUGUUGAUGGGGUGGUUUCAGAUUUUCCUCCCACAGCAUCAUCAGCUCUUGCAUGCUUUGCACAUUUCAGUAAUCUAAACUUUACUAAGGCGGGUAGACCUUUGAUCAUAUCUCACAAUGGAGCAAGUGGAGUUUAUUCUAACAGCACAGAUCUUGCUUAUCAACAAGCAUUAAAUGAUGGGGCUGACAUAAUAGAUUGCUCAGCUCAAAUGACAAAAGAUGGGACGGCAUUCUGUAUGGGUUCUGCAGAUCUUACAACAGACACUACCGCAACAACUACCUUCUCAGCCCGAUCUGCCACUAUCCCUGAAAUUCAACCGAAUGCCGGAAUCUUUUCUUUUGAUCUCACAUGGAGUGAAAUUCAGACAUUGAAACCUCAAUUGGGAAGCCCUUUUGCAAACGGUGACAAGUAUCCAAGAAACCCUGCAUACAAGAACACAGGUAAAUUUGUAACUCUGGCUGAGUUUCUGGAAUUCGCCAAAGCCAAGGCAGCAUCUGGAGUUCUAAUCAACAUAGAGAAUGCUGCUUACCUAGCUUCAAAGAAGGGUCUUGACAUAGUAGGUGCAGUUAGCGUUGCCUUGAGCAAUGCCUCUUUUGAUAAGCAGUCCGCACAAAUAGUCUUAAUCCAAUCAGACGACACUUCAGUGUUGUCCAAAUUUCAGAAUGUUACUGCAUAUGAAAGAGUGUUUUCCCUUAAAAAAGACAUAGGUGAUGCACCGGCGAAGUCUGUAGAUGAAAUCAAGAAGUUCGCUAAUGCAGUUAAUGUUCCAAGACAAUCCAUCGUUCCAGUACACCAAGGCCUUGCUAAAGCUGCUACCCAAGUUGUAGCCGAACUGCAAAAAGCCAAUCUAACCGUAUACGUCUCUGUCAUGAGGAAUGAAUUUUUUAGUCUUGCAUUUGAUUUCCUCUCUGAUCCAACUUUAGAAAUUGCUACUUUUGCUCCCUUCAACGUUAGUGGGAUCAUCACGGAGUAUCCAGCAACUGCAAACAGAUUUUUCAGAAAUUUAUGCUCAGAUCUCAACUACAAUGUUGAAUUCGCCUUAUUACCUAUUCAACUACCAUAUCUAACUCAGUUCCUUCCUGAUGGUACUCAACCACCAGUAGCUGCCCCUUCUCCAGCCCUCGACGUUGAAGAUGUUGUUGACCCACCACUACCAGCGGUAGCCAAAGUCGCUAGUAGCAGCCCUGGUCCAAGCACUAAGCCAAAAUCUCCUUCAAUAGCUGGUUUGGGUCGUUCUCUGCUGGCUACUUGUCUGUUGGGUUUAAUCUUUAUGUUAUAUUAGUCAGCAGUAGUAAGCAGCAUGGAAAAAAUGACCUGAAACUUAAAACUCUUCAACCUGUUGAGUUCAUGUUGUUGCCAUAAUAUCUUAUUCCAUUUCUUGAGAAAUCAGUAGCAAGUAAAUUAGUUAAGAGAAUGAUUUAAGAGUGGGCUAUUGAUAUCAGUUUUCAACGGAUAAUUAAAUCAAAAACUCAGCAUUAGCUGGAUUCCUGUAGGUUAUAAUGUGUUCGGUUCAUAGACAAAGAAAUUAUAUAUAUAAGAACACUUGGAAAAGAAAUCCAGCAACAUGGAAAAAAAGAGAGAUCUUCUAGAGCAGGCUCAGAUUCGCCUUUUCUCAGACAGACGGAAACAAAUCAUCCAUGGCUGCAAAAAAGAGCUACAACCUGUGGAGAAGCUCAAAGUUGCCCAGCCAAAGAUCGACUAUUUUCCUUAAAAAUGUCUGAUUUUUCACUCCAAAAACGUAUCAUCAAUGCCUCAAUACAACAAACAAGAGAAGAUUAUUAUUAUUAUUAUUAUUAUUAUUAUCAAUGAAGAGAGGGUUAGCUCUGCAGUAGAUCAGAGAAGCUCUCUGAGAGCAAAACCUCAUCCUAUUCUCCUUUCCAGGAAAAUAUUUUCCCCUAAACAAACAGAACCCAACAACAACAGCAACUAAGCCUCAAUCCCAAAAUACUUUGGAUCAGCCACAUACAAACAGAAUCCAAACAGAGAAAUUAAUCCUAGAUGUGGAGGAGGCUCAGAUUUGCCUUGUUUUGGACAAGAAAGAAACACUAUUGCAUCAUGGCUGCAACUAAUGACCAGCUAGGAAUUGAGGAAAACUCCAAUUCACUAGCCCCCAAAUGUCGCCCAGCCAAGAUAACAAACAUUUCUCUACAAGUCUGAUUCUGGGUCAAUGAGAACAUCAUCACAGCCUCGCAGCAGUGAUAUAUAUAUAUAUAUAGAGAGAGAGAGAGAGAGAGAGAGAGAGAUAGAUGUAUAGAUUUUUUUUUUUUUUUUCUUUUCCUUUUCUUUGUAGGGCAGUUGGUGAGCUAGAACGUGAAAUCACCGGCUCCGCUACCAUCAGAGAGGAGAAUCAACUACCCUGCAAACCCUCCGCCGCCCUGAGAGCAGAACCUCAUUCUUAAACUAAUGAGGAAAAUUUUGUGAAAA